AUGGCCCAACAUUACCACAUCGCUCACCUUUGUGCCCAUAAACCCAAGGAGUCUAGUAGUCCAUCGACCAUUCUUCAACUCGCAAACGGACUGGUCUCCAAGCCCGUCGCGUUCAAGGAGUUGGAGGAUGGUCGAAGCCCGAAAGAUGGAACCGUCAUUGAUAUUGUACACGGUCAAGCCCUUGCAGACAUACCAAAAGGAACACCAGCCCCUAAAAAAGUCAUUGUCGUGGGUGCAGGGAUUUCUGGCCUUCGUGCUGCAUCCGUUUUGAAAACCCACGGCGUGGAUGUCGUCGUUCUUGAGGCUCGAACAGACCGCAUAGGCGGUCGUAUCUACACCAGUAGAAAACCAGGCCGCUCUCCCAGAGACAUAGGAGCCGCUUGGGCCCACGAGACCUCACAAAACAAACUAAUUCCCCUCAUCGGCCAGCUUAACAUCGAACAUUACUACGACGAUGGUACUCCGUUGUACUUCACCCGAGAUGGUCGACUUGGUUCUCAGUUCAAGGCCAAAAAGGUCGCCGACGAGUUCGCCGACUACUGUGAAUACUACUAUGAAGAAAACCCUGACGCCGAGGACAAAGCCGCUCUGGAUUUCAUCCGAGAAUGGGUCCUCACCCACCCAUUGGUCACAGAAGACGAAAGGCUCUGGGCACCGCAGGUCGCGCGUGAAGUUGAGGCAUGGAUUGGCACUAGCCUGGAACAGGCUUCUUCUAAGCAUCUGGCUUAUUUCGCCAUCGAGAGAAAUCUCUACAUGAAAGGCGGUUACGAUACGAUCGUCAACUGGACUGCCUCGAAUCUACGCGAUCAGAACAUCAUUCGCCUCGGCCACGUUGUCAACAACAUCGAAUGGACCGAGGAUGGAAACAAGCAAUGCGUUGUGCGCACCUCCACUCAGGAUGGUAAAUCCCCGAGCUUUGUCGCAGACGGUAUUGUUUGUACCCUUCCACUCGGCGUGCUCAAGCACAAUUUAGUGGAGUUCAGCCCUUCAUUGCCGGAAGAUCUCAGCCUAGGCCUUAAGAAGGUCAGCUACGGCGCACUCGGCAAGAUCUUCGUCGAAUUCGAAUCUGUCUUCUGGCCGAAAGACAACGAUCAAUUCAUUUACUACCCAGAGCCAACCACCGAACCAGUUGAUGAAAGCUCAAUUUUGUCGUACAUGACCGUUACGAGCAACAAUUGGAUCAUGAGUGGCACCAAGGAACUCUCCGUUCAAAUCGUCGAACCAUUGACCCAAAGAAUCGAAGCUAUGGCUUCCGACAAGGAAGUCUUCACAUUCUUCGAACCACUCUUCAAACUUUUCCGUACCGAACCGUACAAAAAGCUCCCGCCUGUGGUGAAUCUGGAAACGACUCACUGGACGCAGGAUCCUUACGCAGGGUUUGGUACAUAUACUGCUGACAAAGUCGGUGAUGAUCCCGAAAUAUGGACGGCGGCUUUGGAGGCGAGGCAGACGAGUAAGCUGCAAUUUGCUGGAGAGCACUGCACGCAGAUUGGAAACGGAUGCGUACAUGGUGCGUUCGCAAGUGGAGAGACAGCUGCGAUCAACCUCUUAGCUGGGCUGGGUGUUCCUCACAACGGCGGUGAUACUUUCAGCAAACGCCGUUCCAGGAAAUCCCCCCCUAGACACUGA